AUGGGGGGCGACCAAAUCCAGCUCGAGGACGAGGCAUUGUUCGUCGAAUUGACAAACCUAUAUUACCAACUGGACGGAGCACCUUUGGUGGCCCUGCCUGCCCCCGUGCCAGCCCCAGCACCCGAGGCCACCCCCGCCCCCGAGCAGCCCCGGGCCUUCUGGGAGGAUGGCACUGUUCAGGGGGACGACUUCUUCAUUGAGGAAGAUGAAGCAACACUCAGGGUCAAAGCCCUCAAUAGCAUGAAGAAGAAGAAGGCUAAGACAAUGAAGAAGGAAAAGAAAUUGAAGAAACAAAAGUUGUAGCAUUCUUUUUUAUUUUUUUUACUGUUCAUCUGUGAUUUUUUAAUGUGAUCGUGUCAUCUUCAUCUCUCUAGGGUUUCGUUUCACCACCCAAUAUUUUUUUUACCAAUCAUCACCUCAUCGCUAGAGAGUAUCGUUUCACCUUCAUUAAGCUGUGAUUUUU